CAAGGGUCCGGAAAUCUUGAAAAUGUAUUGAAUAAGAUGCAUUGUUUGGAUGAUAAUGAUUUUGACACCUCUUCUCUUUCGCCCACAUUCUUUUCUCCCCAUACGCCCUCUUGUUCUCUCUCUCCCCCAUCUCUCCCUUAGGUGCAUUGUGUCACGUGAUCUCUAUAGUCCCCAUCCAAAAUGGCGCGUAGACGUCUGAUGUGGGCAGUUCUCUCCUUCCUGGUCCUAUCCGUCCUCUUUUGGGUCUCCUCCAUCAUCAUCAGCGACAAAAAGGAGUCCAUUACCAGACACAUAUCCGUUCUUGGGCAGACGGCAAGCCGGAAGUACGUAUCAUCGCAGAUAUGGAAGAAAGGCGAGGGUGUUUUCCCGAUUCGGAACCCGGGCUGUAGUCCUCAAAACAACAUCGUCUUUAUCAAGACUCACAAGACAGCCAGCAGCACAACUUCUGGCAUCUUUGACCAUUACGCGUACUUGAACAACCUGACGGUGGCUGUACCUCCCGAUGGCGCCCCUUACAUGGACCGCAAGGAACUCUUUCGACGGGACAUGGUGGCAGAAACCAGGGACGUUGGCGUCGGCUGGAAGAAAGAGGACGGCUUUAACAUGCUAACAGCUCAUGCACGGUACAACCGACCGGAAAUGGACGCUGUGGUGCACAACGCCAAAUACAUCACGAUUCUCCGAGAUCCUCGAGCUCAGUUCGUGUCUUCGUUUGUGUUCUUUAACUUUGUUGAUCGCUUUGAGCGAAUCUUUAAAUCUCGCGGCGAGAAGUACCCAACUGUCGUUGAAGGAUUCAUGAAGGCUCCCAGGGAGAAUUACCAGUUAAUGAGCCAUCGUCAGUACUCGCAGGUUCUCUGGAACCAGCAGAUGUUUGAUCUGGGUCUCGACACCGCUUACUUCUCCAACCCUGACGUCAUUGAGGAGACGAUAUCACGGCUAGAUUCAGAGCUAGAUUUUGUGAUGAUUACCGAGUACUACGACGAAUCACUUUUAAUCCUGAAGGACAUCUUAUGCUGGGAGAUGGACGACAUCCUCUACACACAAAGACUCGUGAGGAACUCUUCAAAUGAGUUAAACAUUGAUAGCCACACCAAGAUCGCCAUUAACCAAUGGAACGCAGCUGACACGCGGUUAUAUGAUUAUUUCAAUAAGACAUUGUGGCAGCGCAUUGCGGCCUAUGGAACAAAGUUCCAGGACGAUCUCGAUACGUUUCGUCGCAAGCUAGCUGUGACGUCAUCGAGAAAGACUGGAAAGCAUUCAAGGGACACAAAGAAGAUAAUUAAACGAAUGAAAGACAGGGGUAUACUAGUUAGAUAGUACAAGUUGAUUAUUCCGAGUCAUUUUAUUCCAAUCCAAACAUAAACGACAUUACCCAUCGAGCGACCAUGGUAGGUAAUUUGGCUUAAUUUUACACUCAAGUCUUAAAGGGGAAUCCAACCCAAAUG